CCCUGCUGCUCUGUUGACCCGCUGCCCCUCGCCUCUGUCCCGGCUUGCUGAAUUGUGAAUUCGUGGAGCUUUUUACCGCGAAGAUGAGUCCCGGGUUCCGGAGCUGGUCGCGUGUCUGGUCGUGUCUGCUGAGCCUGAGUGUUCUGACCCGAGCUCUGGAGCUGGAGGAGCUGUUUGAGUUCGGGGAAGGAGCCGGAGACCAGCAGCUGCAGCCCGGCUCCGACUCCACCGCCGAGCUGCGCCUCAACGCAUCUCUGUUCUUCUUCAGCGGAACCUUCGACAAAGUUUACAUUAACACCAAUGGGUUUGUGGCCGUUGUUGAACCUCCGGCUAUGGAGGAGUACCUUGGGAAGAUGCCCAGCAAUUUCAAAAUGAUUGCAGCCCUGCUGGGAGACCUGGACAACAGUGACGGACAGGGGAAGGUCCACUUCAGGCAGGAUGACAGUCCGGAUGUACUGAGUCGGGCCGCCGAGCACAUCAGGAAAGCUUUCCCUAGAGACGACGGCGUGGAGCCCAGCGGUGCCCUCAUUGUCACUUGGGAGAACAUGGCCGCCCAGGGGACGUCUGGACGAGGAGACGGGCUGGAUGCUAAGAGAAACACUUUCCAGCUGGUUGUGGCCUUCAUGGAGUCGUCCUCCUGCGCCAUCCUCUUGUACCCGAGAGACGGCCUGCAGUUUCUCUCCACUUCAGUAGGGGGUGAGAGUAAGCUCCUAGAGGCUGGCUUCAACGAAGGCGAUGUUUCAGGCUGGUUCUGGAGAACCAAACAGGGGACUUACUUCCGCACCACCACAGAUGAAGAGACCUCCAUCAGGGAUCUCACUGAAAAGACAACUUCGGGACAGAAAGGAGUUUGGGUGUACGAGAUUGGCUCCUCACCGGUCUUUCUCGCCAUUACACCAGGAAUGGUGUCUAGCCUACCAGAGGAGGAGGAGGAGGCCACAGAACCUCCUGUCACCAUGUUUCAAAGGCAACCCGAUGAGCAACAGAAGGGGGACUUCACAACCUACAAACCUCUGGUGGUACCAGACGGAACGGAGGGGUACCCCACUGAGACUCCCUCUGAGUAUCAACCCACUUACCCAGAAGCUGAGACCAUCACGCCAGGGUAUGCCGAACCGGGGACUAAAGAGCCAGAAUACCCUGAAUCUGUGACAGUCCCGCCAACAUACACCGACCCUCAACCAAGGUACCCUGACACAUCUGAGCCGAGAUACUCUGGCCAAACCGAGACCGGAUACCCGGUCUCCGAGCCAAGAUACACCAUACCUGAAACCACUGAGCCUAGAUACUCUCCAAAUGAGCGGCGGUUCCCUGUCCCUGAUCCAGUUCAACCACGGUACACCAACCCAGAACCAGUCCAACCAGUGCCACCCUAUUCCCGGCCCCAUCAACCCCAGAUCGUAGUGGUAGACGAAGACGAAGAUCUCAAUGUCAACGUAUUUGCAUACAAUUUGGAGACGUGUGCUCACAACAGGCACAAAUGCUCGCCGUUUGCUGACUGUCGGGAUUACAGCAACGGAUACUGCUGCCAUUGUAGGCCUGGUUUUUAUGGUAACGGGAAGGACUGUGUCGCAGAAGGAAAACCACAGAGAAUGAAUGGAAAGGUAAACGGUCGAGUGUUCGUUGGUAACUCGCCUUCCCCCGUGGAGCUCAGUAACCACGACUUGCACUCGUACGUGGUAGCCAAUGACGGACGGGCCUACGUGGCUAUCAGCAACAUCCCUGACAGCGUGGGCCCCUCCCUACAGCCGCUGUCCUCCAUGGGAGGAGUCAUCGGCUGGGCCUUUGCCCUGGAGCAGCCCGGCUACCAGAACGGCUUCAGUCUCAUUGGCGGUGUGUUUUCCCGGCAGGCCGAAGUUAUCUUCCAGCCCGGUAACGAGCGUCUGAGCAUCAAACAGCAGUUUAAAGGAAUCGACGAACACGACCACCUGGUGGUGAGCACCCAGCUGGAGGGACGUCUGCCCGCCAUCGAGCUGGGAUCCUCCGUCCAGAUCAACCCGUACAAGGAGAUCUACCAGUACGACAGAAACUUGAUCACUUCCUCCUCCAACCGCGACUACACAGUCACGUCCCCUCAGGGUGGCGUCCAGACCAGGAGCUACCAAUGGCGUCAGACGAUCACCUUCCAGAGCUGCCCGCAUGAUGAGGCCACCAGGGCGGCGCCGUCCACCCAACAGCUCAGCGUGGACCAGAUCUUUGUGAUGUUCGAUGCCCGCAACCAUCUGAUCCGCUACGCCAUGAGCAACAAGAUCGGCUCCGUCCACAGCGGCCUUCCAGAGCAGAACCCAUGUUUCACCGGCAGACACAGCUGUGAUAUCAACGCGGCGUGCAGACCGGGCGAAGGCCUCCAGUUCACCUGUGAAUGUACCAACGGUUUCGCCGGAGACGGACGCAACUGCCACGACAUUGACGAGUGCAGAGAGACUCCUCAGGUCUGCGGAUCCAACACCGUUUGCAGUAAUCAGCCCGGAACUUUCCGCUGCGAGUGUUCAAGCGGCUUCGUGUUCGCCAGCGACGGAAAGACCUGCAUCGAGGAGGACCGCCCAGUGGAUCACUGUCAGAGAGGAAGUCACGACUGUGACGCUCCUUAUCGAGCUCUGUGCAGCUACACCGGAGGCUCGGCCUUCGUCUGCUCCUGCCUGCCGGGCUUCGUGGGAGACGGCCGGGUGUGUCGGGACGUAGACGAGUGUCAGCAGGACCGAUGUCACCGCGACGCCUUCUGCUCCAACACGCAGGGCUCCUUCUCUUGCCAGUGCCACCCUGGAUUCCACGGUGACGGCUUUCACUGCAGCCCCACAGAGCAAGAGAAGACCAGGUGUGAGAGUCACAGAGAGAGUGUCCAGACCGCCACCUCCACCUCCGGGUUUUUCUCCUUCUUCAGUCCUCGGCCGGCCGUCGGUCACUAUGUCCCUCAGUGUGACGAACAUGGAGCCUACCAGCCCACGCAGUGCCACGCCAGCAUCGGACAGUGCUGGUGUGUGGAUGCCAACGGCCAGGAGAUCCCCAACACCCGGACCGGACCCGGCAGCACCGCUCUAUGUAUUGACCAUGCAGUGACUCCUCCUCCGGUGGGUCCGACGCCGCGGCCCGACGUCCACCCUGUCACUGCGGGAACACACCUGCUAUUCGCUCAGAGCGGAAAGAUCGAACACGUCCCUCUGAACGGAUAUAACAUCACAAAGGAGGAGGCCAAACCUCUGCUGCACAUCCCCGACCGGGUGGUGAUCGCUGUGGCUUACGACUGCGUGGAGAAGAUGGUUUACUGGACCGACAUCACCGGGCCGGCCAUCAGCAGGGCCAGUCUGAGUGGAGGAGACAUCAUCCCGGUCGUCACGAAAGAUCUCCAGAGUCCUGAAGGCAUCGCCAUCGACCACGUGGCCCGUCUCCUCUUCUGGACCGACUCCAUGCGUGACACCGUGGAGGUUUCCAAGCUGGACGGGAGCCAGCACCGAGUCCUGUUCGACACCGAUCUGAUCAACCCUCGACCCAUCGUCACAAACCCGGCGUACGGGCGGCUGUACUGGGCAGACUGGAACAGAGACGGGCCUAAAAUUGAGAUGUCCAACAUGGAUGGGACAGAUCGGACUGUCCUGGUGAAAGACGACCUGGGGCUCCCCAACGGUCUGACCUUUGAUCUCGACAGCCAGCAGCUCUGCUGGGCCGACGCAGGUACCCGUAAGGUGGAGUGUAUGGAUCCUCACCGCAGGCUGAGGAGGACGAUCGUUGACGGGAUCCAGUAUCCCUUCGCCCUCGUCUCCUUUGGAAGAAACCUUUACUACACCGACUGGAGGAGGGAGGCGGUGGUCUCUGUAGACCGCCACUUGGAGAAAGAGAUGGGGGAGUUUCUGCCACAGAAACGCUCUCGGCUGUACGGCAUCACCACGACACCGACGCAGUGUCCACAAGCCUACAACUACUGCUCCAACAAUGGCGGCUGUUCUCACCUGUGCCUGCCUCGGCUCGGCGGGUUCACCUGCCGCUGCCCAGACGCCGCCACCGCUACCGCCACCACCGCCGGCCGCUGUGAGGAGAGGAACCUGUGAGGCAACGAUAACACUGCUGCUGCUGGGAGAGGAAAAAAAACAAGACAAACUUAACUGAAUUUAUGGUGUUUUUCUACUUUUCUUACUUGAAUUGAACAUUUGUACGAUCAUUUCUACAGUUUUAGGUGUUUUUGGCCCCUGAAAGCUGUUCACUGUAUUUAUGAUGUCACACUUCAGCAGGCCCAGCUUCCUCCUGUUAACUGUUGAAUUCAGACAUAGUUUAUAGUUUUAUAAUCUGACUCCAGGUUGUUUUAUACCAAAGUAACACUAACUCUGACACAGGGACGUUAUAAAAAGGCAGCAGGUGACCUAAAAACACUUUUUAUUUGAAAAGUUUCUGAACAAUGAACUUCAUGUUGAGUUUUUAUUGUAUUUUAAAAAGUAGUUGCUCCUUAUUGAUUUCUAUAGAUGUGGUCUGAAAGGUAAAAACAAUCAGGUGUUAUUCUAGCAACCAAAUACUUGUGGGAAGCAGGUUCCCACAGGGGAAAAGUGCCUUAAAUAUUCCUGAAAAUGACAUUUUUGUUCUGCAGAAAAACCAGUGAGAGCUUUUGUGAUCAGUCAUCUCGUACUUAAUCAAAUCUACAACAACAUGACAAUCAUACCGAUCUGCCAACGGGCUUCUGGAGGUAAAUCUGAUCACAUCAGCUCCAAGGCUAGCUUGGGAGUUGUGGCAUGAAUUUAAUUUAACAACUGUUCAGUGAGUUCAAGAGUGAAAAAGCAGUUUGGCAAAUUAGCCACAAGAAUGCAGGAAAACAAAUGUCUGUAGAGUUAAUCCAGAUUUAUUAAUUGAAGACUGGAGACGUUUGUAGGAAAAGAAAACUACAAUCAAUGGCGAGGGCAGGCGUGGUCGAUUUACAGUGUGAGUGAUCUUUCGGAAUCCAUCCUAAAGCUCCAUCCACACUACUAUGUUUUUGUUAUAAAACUCAGAUCUUCUGCUACGUUUCCCCCUCCCGUCCAGUCAAAGUCUGAAAAUGCUGCAGAAGAUGUCCAGUAAAUAGUAGAAAAGGUCGAUCAUUGUUUCCCAAAUCCCUAGAUGACGUCCGUAAAUGUCUUGUUUUAUCCACAAACCCAAAGCGAUUCAGUUUACUGUCACAGAGGAAAGAAACCAGAAAAUAUUCACAUUUAAGCAGCAGGAAUCAGAUAAUUUUCACUUUUUUUUUUCUUAAAGAAUUACUCAAACCAAUGAAUCGAUUAUCAGAAUGGUUGGCGAUUCAUUUAAUAGUUGACAACUAAUCGAUUAAUGAACAAGCUCUAACCAUCAGAGGCCUGUUAAACUUGUGAUGAGGUGAAUUACAGUCAAACUGGAGACUAAAUUUCUAUUUUGUAAGUUUUUAAAAUGUUUAAAACUACCAAUCUGAAAUUACCCUAUAUUUUAGCAAACCUAUAUGAUAAAAUGAGAUGUUUUCUAAACUGACUUAUGUUUAGUUUUUUGUGAGCCACCAUGAGCCUGCGGUCUGUAAGACUUUACUGAGGGCUAAAAAAACUUUUAUACUUAAUCUGUUGUUUGUGCUAAGACUCACAUUGUAUUUUUUAUAUGAAACUGUAAAUAAUUACUUGAUAUGCAGAUGAUAUUCUCUGAUUUUUGAAUUGUGCUUAUGUUAGCCUGAGCUCUACCUGAUGAUUACUGUGAAGGUGUGUGCAGGUAAAGACCAAGUUCAUGUUGGUUGGGUUGUAGCUCCUGUAUUGUGCUUUUCAUGUAAACAUCUUUUUCUUUUUUUACAAUGAAGACUUGUUGAUUAGUUCCAGGCGCUGAUAUAAGUCAGUGUUUUCAUCAAAAACUAAAUAAAAAAACAACAACAAAAACCUUGGACGUCUUUAACUGCAAAUAUUAAAACAAAAUCAGAUUUCUAAUAAAACUUUUCCAACCAUAACCAUUAUGAAAUUGAUUUUAAAAAUUCUGAAACAUUCUAAACAUUCUAUCUCAAUUUCCUUAGAAAGAACUUACAUCAAAAGUCUUGCCCAUCAUUAAAGAAUUGUGACUAAGAUAGCGGUUAAUAUUUUACAGUGUAAAAAGUUCUAGAGAGCCUGAGACCCUCUUUUCUGCCCCAUGGGACCUUAUUUCAGAAAAAAAAUGUACGCUAAUCAACAGUGAGAGACAACUAAUGUUUAGAUCCCAUUUGAAUUGUGUCCUGAAUUACACACUUGAUGUUUGUCAGUUUAAAAGAUAAUUUAAGUCAAGAAAGUCGCAGUUUGUCAUAAAACAGUAACAUUUUGUUAUUUGUGAAACCGCUCAAUGAACUACAUCUCUAGUCUCGCACAAUAUACGUCACUGACAUGUUAGCGCUGUAAUGCUAAGCUAACGUUCACUGCUUACUUGCUACUGGCUAGGUAACUUAGCUAUGUUCCACACAUAGAUGUAUCUGACCUGAUGUGUUUAAUCCAAUCCUCCCGGUCCUUUCAUCAACAUCUACACAUGGAAACUUAUUGACAUUAGCUUCAGUGAUGUUAGCUCCAAUGACAUUAGCUUCAGUAACAUAAGCUUCGGUAAUGUUAUCUUCAGUUACGUUAACUUCAGGCUUCAGUGACAUUGGCUUCAGCGUUGUUAGCUUUGGUAAUGUUAGCUUUAAUGACAUUAGCUUCAGUGACGUCAGCUUCACUAACACUGGCUUCAAUGAAGUUAGCUUCAGGCUUCAGUGACUUUAGGUUUAAUGACAUUAGCUUCAGUGACGGUAGCUUUGGUAAUGUUAGCUUUAAUGACGUUAGCUUCAGUAACACUGGAUUCAAUGACAUUAGCUUCAUGCUUCAGUGACAUUAGCAUCAGUGACGUUAGCAUCGGUAACUCUAGCUUUAAGCACGUUAGCUUAAAUGCCGUUGGCUUCAGUGACAUUAGCUACAGUGAAGCUAGCUUCAGUGAUGCUAGCUUGAGUCAUUGAGUGAAACAGUUAUGACGUCACAUAUGAGACUUUUGUGGUCUUUAUAAUUACGUAUUUUUAUCUUAUACUUCAAACAGUUUUACAACAAACUGCAACUUUCUUGACUAUACUGACGCGUGUAAUUCAGGACUCAAUUCAAACGGGAUCUAAACAUUAGUUGUCUCACCGUACAUAUUUUUUCCGUAUAUUUUUCCGAAAUAAGGUCCCAUGGUGGUCCAACGGAAGGGGACGGACUCUAUACACACCGAUACAGAUAUAUCCAUCCAUAUCCAUCUAAAAUCAUCUAUGUCGAUGUGCAACCAAAACAUUUUUUAGUUUCCCCGGAGUAUCCCUUGUGUGUUAUUCACCAAAACUUUUUCCUCCACAAAUAUUUUCAGCAUCCUUCUGACAGAGAUGACAAUUCAUAAGUAAUUUGACUUUUAUUUUCACCAAGGAAUUAAAUAUAAAGACAUUACUGGUUUGUUUACAAAAUAUUAUCUCAAAAGGCCAAAAUGUCUUUCAGCAAAACUGGCGACAGGCGACGUUCAUUUCAAGAAAGAAAUGUCCCUCACAUUUCUUUGUAACUGUUCACUUACUGGAGCUUUUACAGCAGCAGGAAGAAAAGUCCGGCCUGGAAACACAAGUGUCGAUGUCUCAGAUGUAGAAAGCAAUGAUAACAUGGCAGCACAGCACCGGGCUCGGCAUGUUGAAGGUGGAGUGAAGAGCAGGUUAGCAUAACGUUGGGAAACUCCACUCAGGUUUUUUGGAAACCUCAUCAGGAAUGGACAGUGAUCAGUCUGACAGGGCUGCACACGACAACACAUUGAAUACCACAAGAAGUUCAUUAUUAACCACGAUUUUAUAUUAACAGUUGAUGGCAUUUAAUAUUAACAAGUGCUUAAUACAUAAUGAAAGCAGUGUCCACGACUACUAUAGUGGCAGUAAUCGGUGGCGUGCAGCCCUGCAGACUGGUUUCACAUCACGUCAGGUCUGUGUACAUGAAGUACUUUUUGUCUGUAUUGACCAUCAGCCAUUAACAGCCUGUGCAACCUCAAUAAAACCUGUUUUUUAAUGAAUACA